AUGAAGUUUGGACGCAAAAAAGCUCAAAUGAUGACAUUGGUUAGUGGAGCUGUUUCUAUCAUAAUAGCCAUGGUAGCUGUCAUAAGCGAGAAUUUUAUGUUUGCGCUUGCGUUCAUGAUGAUUGGCAAAAUUUGCAUCCAGGGUGCUUUUAACAUCUUGUACAUCUUCACUUCUGAGUUAUAUCCUACGAUCGUGCGCAACACAGCUGUAGGAAUGACAUCUAUGGCAAGUUUAUGUUUGUUUAUUCUUUUUCGUGAUAGGAAUGUUGAAAAGCAGAAGUUGUGUAGGGAAUGCCUGCAGAGAAGUGUUGGAAACAAGCAUUGGCAGUGCUUGCAGAUUCUUUGCGCUACACUGACAGGAAAAGUAACUGUGAAAUUCAUUGUAGCUCGAUUCGGUUCUGGAGUUUCUUCGUAUAUCGCUCUACUGUCCAUUAACACCUUACCUAUUACUCCAAUGAUCAUCUUCGCCAUAUUCUCUCUUUUCGCGGGGAUGCUAGUUAGUGUUCUGCCUGAGACAAGCGAGAAGCCUCUUCCGGAAACUUUGGAUGAUGCUGUUACUUUCUUGAGGACUGAGCAGAAAGCAUGCUAUGGUUGGGGUCUUUCGGGACCUCAUACGCGGAGCAUUUCCCUGCAUGAGCAACCAUCGGCAGGUGAUGAGAGUAAUACUCUAGUGAAAGAUAAGGACGAACAGGCAGACAUUAGAGGAACUGGGUAUGGCGUUAGUAUAAUAACUGCUUCUAUUAAUGUUUUAGAAAUUCUUUUAUUUAGAAGAAAGCGCUACCCUGCCGGAAGUCAGCGCCGUAUGGUGUCACCGCGUACGCAGGUCAGCCUACCGAGAAAUGUAUGUUUCUUUUGCUCCGUCAAUAGCAUGAUGCUUGAAGACUUUGACCUUCUUAUUCAGGAAAGCCGUAAUGACUCAAUCUUUCAAGACUUAGCGGACCUCUCGAUCCCGGAACAUCUCCCAGAAGCCUUCGGAGAGGACUAA